CUGCAGAAAGCUAAAGCGAACUUUCCAGCCGUUAGCAGUUCUGGGAAAACUUACAUAAAGAAGGCUCCUAAUACCUUACUCUUUGUCCUUUAAGUUAUGAAAUUAAGGAAAGAUCUUCACUUUAAUUAAGAGAGAGAAGUAUUUUGUGAAGUAAACUCCAUGAUCAAAAUGAAAACUCUCCUUUGGAUAAUAAUUCAACUGCUUUUCUUAACAUCAUCAACUCUGAGUCAAAGUGGAGCAGAUUUCGAACCUGACAAUUCUGGAGAGUCAAUCCUAAACAUCAGGACCUUUCGAGGUGAUCCCCCGCCAAGUGAAGAAUUCCCUGUUUCUGCUAUAGAAGGGUGGACUGGAACUAUACCAACUAUAGAGAAGUGUGCUAUGGAUAAAUCAAAUGUUCUUACACUUCGUGUAAACAACAGCACCAUGGACUAUCUGAGGAGCUCGCUAAGCACCAAGCUGAUACCUGCCAUGUACAUAGUGGUAUUCUCAGUGGGUGUAUCAGCCAACACAGCAACCCUGUGGAUGCUUUACUUCCAAGCCAAAUCCAUCUCCAUGAACAUCUUCUACUUUAACUUGGCUGUGGCAGAUCUCCUCUUCUGUGUCACACUUCCCUUUAAGAUAGCUUAUCAUCUCCAUGGAAACAACUGGCUCUUUGGAGAGGUCAUGUGUCGUGUGACCACUGCUGUUUUCUAUGGCAACAUGUAUUGCACCACUCUGCUCCUUGCAUGCAUCAGCAUCAGCCGUUACCUGGCCAUUGUUCAUCCUUUCACCUACCGCGGGCUCCCAAAGCGCACUUAUGCGAUGCUCGCUUGUGGUCUGGUAUGGGUCACUCUUUUCUUAUAUAUGGUGCCAUUGUUCAUAACAAGGCAAGUGUAUUACCUGGACCAACUUGGGAUCUACACCUGUCAUGAUGUACAUAACACCUGUGAGAUGAUGUCACCCUUCCAUCUCUACUACUUCAUCUCCCUGGCCUUUGUUGGAUUUAUAAUUCCACUUGUUGUUAUUAGCUUCUGCUAUAUAUCCAUCAUCCGGACACUUAAAGCCUAUGAUCAGAAAUGGUUCUGGUAUAUUAAAGUGAGUCUCCUCAUCUUAGUGAUUUUUGCUAUUUGUUUCACGCCAAGCAACAUAUUACUUAUUACUCAUCAUAUGAACUACUACAACAACAACACAGAUGACUUAUAUUUUUCCUAUCUCAUAGCACUGUGCCUGGGCAGUCUGAACAGUUGCCUAGAUCCAUUCCUUUACUUUUUGAUGUCCAAAAUCACUGAUCGGUCCAGUGCCUACCUGACAAUGGUCAAGACAUCUUAGAGAUCAGUCAGAAAAGAUAAUGUUUACAUGUUAUAAAAUACUGAAAUAUGUACUUCCAAGAAGUUCUGUUCUAUGUAUUCAUCUUAUGAGAUACAAAGAUUUAUAUAUACAUAUACAUGAAGUUUAUAAUUUCUGUAUUCCACAUAUACAUAAUUGUAUAAAAAGUGAGCCUUAUAUUAGACAUAUGCUUUCAGUAUGUACUUGAACCUCAUUAGUAUGUAUUUUCCUAGGUUUCCUAUUUGAAGCAAAAUCUACAGCCAACUUAGUAUAAAUAAUAAAAUAUAUACGUAUGUGAGAAGUAAAAGGAUUCAUUUAAUUUAUGAUAAAAUGAAUCAUUAUCAGUUUUGAAAAGGAUUGACUCAUCAUUGUAAGAGUAUAUUUUUGGCAUUUCUUCAGGAGUUGAAGAUGCCAAAAAUUUCCUUCCAGUCUAUCCUAUUUGCACAAAGUCACCUUAUUUUUUUUAAACUUGUACUUUCUCAGUCUUGCACAUCGUGUUCUGAAUAAAUGAUCUUAGCUUGUUUCAAAAAAUA